AUGCCAAGAUCAAAGAGUCAAUUACCCUCCCUCCCUCUCGAGAUCAUCGAGAUGAUCUGCGACGAGCUCCCUACCCCGGAUCUUGCCGCCCUCGUCGGAACCUGCUGCCAUACAUACCACCACACAAUUCACCGUUUCGCUCAGCGAUAUGCAGAAGUAUACCUCGACUUCUCUGAACAAGGGCUCAAUCAUCUACAUGCGAUCGCUCAGAAUCCUGUUAUGCGCCAGUACGUCCAGCGAGUGGUCGUGAUGGCUCCUGAGCCGCAUCUCGGCCGCGGUAUACAAUGGCAAUGGAGCGUGGCAGGACAUCUACGGAGUCCACUUGAUAUUCCGAUUGUUCGGCGGCUACGUGACGACCUAGCGCACCAUCUUCCGCACUGCCGGUCGUUCAUCAUCUCCCCUAUCGCGUGUUGUGACCACUUGCGAGAAGAAACAAGCAACGAGCAACAAUUGAAGCCAGACGAUGUCGCCACGAUUCUAUACGAUAUCAUGGCCGACGCGUGUCUACCAGUAAAGCUACUAUGGUACGGCAAAGGAAUAAACUAUACCGCAGAGACGAUGAGCAUCAAACGGCUACCCAAGUGUCUAUUUGGCAACCCUGGGUUUCGCGCUGCAUGGGGACAGCUGGAGAAUCUUCAUCUAGAACAUGAUCUUACGCCAAACAAUUACUCCUUUAUUUUAGACUCGAUCUGCCAUGCGUCUAGCCUCCGAAAGCUCUAUCUCAGCCUGGGUCCUAGAGAUCUGGCUAUGGAAUUCUUUGCUCAGCUUAGUAGAUCUGAGGCUCUGCCAAGUACACUUGAACGAAUUACACUCGCCUUCACGGCUAUUCAGGCAGACAACCUGAUACGCAUUCUAUACAAAUCGCGAUUGAGUCUACGAAGAAUUGAUUUGACCGGCGUAACGGGGCUCUCCCCGGGCUGGCUGGCGGUGAUGGGCAGUAUGCAAAGCCAGUUUCCGCAACUGGAGACCAUCGAGUUGGACAUGCUCUACGGGUGUGGCGGCGUCACGCUGUCAACUCUGUCAACAACGGCGCAGUGUGAUUCGGGGAAGACAUUUGAGUUACAAACAGGCGGUCGCACAUGUUCACAAACGAUGGGAAUUGGGUUGGAUGAUUUAGGGGCACUACCGAGCAAUGAAGCUGGGAGUACGGCCUUGGACAUGUUGCUGAAAGCGCAGUCACCGGGGGUUGCGGUAUGA